AAUAAUAUUUAUUUCUUUCACAGGCAUUAGAGCUAAAUUAUAAUUUACUAAGACAAGGCAAUUAUUAUGAGAAGGAUUUGUAAUUGCACUGAAUUAUUCAGGCUUAAACAAAGAAAAAUUUAAACACUAAAAGUAAACGAAGACAGAAACAGAAUCAGAGAUAGUUCAAAGAAAGAUGUGAAGGCAAGGCCUGGGUUCAGAAAUGUGCCAUGCUUUAGUUACUUUGCACAAAACCAGUGAACACUUCAUAAUCAUCAGACCUGAGAGAGAAAUGCUGUGGAAAGAAGUGAGGAUAAGCAGCAUUUCCAGCUGCCACUGAAAACAAGCUCAAGAACUGCCUCUCAAUUCCACUGCCAAUGGACUACCUACAGUCACACCAUAACAGGAACAACAAAGCCAAAAACACCCAAAGAAGAAUGAAAUUAAAGGUAAAACAGAUUUUCAAACUGCAUAUGGGAGAUCACUACAUCUGUAAGUUUCAAAGCAGAAUCAACAGUAAAUGAACAAGAACUAGUCUUUGCUUAAGGUUUUCACAUUUGUUUUAGAAACUGAGGCAAUGUAAAAAAAGAAGUUUAGACAUGCCCCAGAUUUCCCUACUGUAUUAAAUCACUAUGCUACUCAUAAGACACGACAUGAAUAAGAAAAUAUGUUAACAUGAAAGCAUAUGGUCAAGUACACUGACGCUGCAGAAUGAGUGGGUGUGUUCAGCUUGUGCUGAGCAGUAUUAAUUAUCACUCAAUCUUUAACAUUUCCCCUUAACAUGAAGUGAAAUGUGUGAGAACGAACCCAUAAAUUAGCAAUCUAAUGAAACUAACGAAAGUAUUUCAUGACCACUGGUUUAGGACUGCAGUUUAUGCAAGGAACCACAGAGGGAAAACUUAAAUUAUGGCGUGAAAACUGUCCCAGGAACUUGGAGGUGAAGUAUCCAAAUGCAUUCCAGGCAGGAAACACCACCAUGGUCCUCGAGAAAAGCCCUGCCGACUUCUUCUGUUUUUACACAUACCUCGCAGAAAACUGCCUUACACCGCUGUCUUAUCGCACCUGCAGGAAGGCUUAAUCUCCUCACCGCCCCACAAGCACCCACGUGGAUAUCAGCUUCCCUCAAAAGAAGGCAAAAUACGGCCUUCCUCCCCAGCCCAAGGAGAAAGUUCCCCGUUUUCAUAGGAGCAAAAUGUCGGCGUUCCCUUUCCCAGAGCCAGGCCACGGCCGCCAGGCGAGGAUCCCGCGCUGCAUCCACAGGGAAGCCAUACCCGCGGCCGGGAGCAGCAGCAGGGACGGCGCUCCCUGACCCCGGCUGGCACAAAACCCGAGGCGUCGGGGAUGACGUACCGCGUAUGCGGGCAGUGCCGGCCCGGGCCGUGCCCACGCCGGCAGCGAGCCCCGAUCCCCGAUCCCCGGGAGCCUCCGGCCCGGGCGGGGCGCGGUCGAGCCAACCCUUCUCCCACGGUGGUACGGACGAGGCCGCCGCCCAGGCCGCCGCGGCGGCGGCCGGGUCGCCGGCACACCAUGAGGAGCGGGGCCCCUUCCCUACCGCCUCCAUUGCCGUGCGGGAAGACAUGACUACCCCAAACAAGACCCCACCUGGUGCUGAUCCAAAGCAGUUAGAGAGGACUGGUACUGUUAGAGAAAUAGGCUCCCAAGCAGUUUGGUCUCUUUCAUCCUGUAAGCCAGGGUUUGGAGUGGAUCAGUUACGAGAUGAUAAUCUAGAAACUUACUGGCAGUCAGAUGGAUCACAGCCUCAUUUGGUGAACAUCCAAUUUAGAAGAAAAACAACAGUGAAGACCUUAUGUAUUUAUGCAGACUACAAAUCUGAUGAAAGUUACACUCCAAGCAAGAUCUCUGUCAGAGUAGGAAAUAAUUUUCAUAAUCUCCAGGAAAUCCGGCAACUGGAAUUAGUGGAACCCAGUGGCUGGAUCCAUGUUCCUCUAACAGAUACCCACAAGAAGCCCAUUCGCACCUUUAUGAUCCAGAUUGCUGUUCUAGCCAAUCACCAAAAUGGAAGAGACACUCACAUGAGGCAAAUCAAAGUGUACACUCCUGUGGAGGAGAGCUCCAUUGGUAAAUUUCCCAGAUGUACAACAAUUGAUUUUAUGAUGUAUCGCUCCAUCAGAUAAAAUUUCCUCAUGAGGAACAAUAAAGGUAUUUUUUCAUGACUAUAUCAUUGCUAAAGAACAGGGUUUACUUCAGUGUAAUUAUAUCUUUAUGUUUAUACUUUGUACAAUUUUGAAAUAAAGAUAAUCUUGUGUUACAGUA